AUGCCCUCGCUCACCAAACUCGGGGUGUAUGACCCGCAAAUCAGGUUGUCUUAUUUUUUCCGGACGUUCGAUAGUCCAUCACUUCAAGAAUUUGAAUACAGAGCACACGCACUGACGAAGCUGACGCUCGUCGCGACCGACUUCACUCGAGACAGAUUGAUCCUACUACUUCGUCACUGCCCCAAGGUCACCUUCCUCUCCCUUUCGAUUGAUAGGGACGACUACUGCGGACAGACGGUCGACGACGAUUUCCUCGAGCCAUUUGUUUCGCCAGAUGAAGAUGGGCAAUAUCUCUGCCCUCGGUUGGAGGAAUGGCUCUGUCGAGGCCCGACAAGGUUUACAGACGAGGGGAUCCUGAAGUUCAUCACACGCAAGCAGGAUGGAAGUCAACCCCAGAUCGCAAAGCUCAAGCGAAUGCACAUCGCCUUUAAUCGGAUACAUGUGGUAGAUAUCUCGGGCAAGACUGAAGGAUUUGUGGAGGACGGACUCGAUCUUCAAUUGUCCUACAGCCCAGAUGACAUUGAAGCUUUUGCCCGUGAAUUAUAA